UUAUUUCUAAUGUUAGAAAUAAAAAUAAAGCAUUGGCUUGAGCCUUCUUUUGGUGUCAAAAUAAUAUCUACGAAUAGUUAUCGACUAUCAGAAAAUGAUAAAAAAAGAAAAAGAAUGAAAUUUAUUAUAGAACGAUGUACGUUUCAUUCCAAAGGUAUGAUCACUAAGCUUCAACUAAUGUCGAAAUUUAGCGUCAUGAUGAAAUCUAGCUACAACAACAACGACAAUUAUGAUGGCGGUGUUAAUCCAAAACCUAACAAAAGUAGUUUCUCUUCAAAAAUCCUCGAUUGGUUCGAGAACCUCAUUAUGUACGGUUUUUCUUCCUCUAAAAAUACUACUAAUCACCAUUUUCUCUCCGGUAAUUAUGCUCCGGUUCAUGAAACCCCUCCCGUCCACAACCUCCCUCUCAUCGGCUACCUUCCGGAGUGCUUAAAUGGAGAAUUUGUUAGAGUUGGCCCUAAUCCAAAGUUUGCUCCACUAGCUGGAUAUCAUUGGUUUGAUGGAGAUGGAAUGAUUCAUGGUUUGCGGAUUAAGAAUGGAAAAGCAACUUAUGCGUCUCGUUAUGUUAGAACAUCACGUCUUAAACAAGAAGAAUACUUUGGAGGUCCUAAAUUCAUGAAGAUUGGAGACAUGAAUGGGGUUUUUGGAUUACUUGUGGUGAUAAUUCAAAUUCUGAGGGCAAUUCUCAAAGUAUUAGAUCUUUCAUAUGGACUUGGAACAGCUAAUACAGCUCUUAUAUAUCAUCAUGGAAAACUUUUAGCACUGUCAGAAGCAGACAAACCAUAUAUCAUUAAAGUGUUGGAAGAUGGAGAUUUUCAAACACUUGGGCAGUUUGAUUAUCACAAGAGAUUGGCACAUUCAUUCACAGCUCAUCCAAAGAUCGAUCCAUUUACAGGAGAAAUGUUUACAUUUGGUUUUUCACUUAUUACUCAUCCAUAUAUCACUUAUAGAGUAAUUUCCAAAGAUGGUUUCAUGCAUGAUCCAAUACCUAUAACAAUACCAAAUCCCAUCAUGAUGCAUGACUUUGCCAUUACUCAAAAUUAUGCCAUUUUCAUGGAUCUUCCUUUAAUUUUCAGGCCAGAGGAAAUGAUGAAGGGAAAGAAUUUUAUAAUUUCAUUUGACGCCACCAAAAAGGCUCGAUUCGGUGUGCUUCCGCGGUAUGCAAAGGAUGAGCUUUUGAUCAAAUGGUUUGAGCUUCCAAAUUGCUUCAUAUCCCAUAUUGCAAAUGCUUGGGAGGAGGAAGAUGAUGAAGUUGUUAUGAUCACUUGUCGUAUUGAGAAUCUUGAUUUGAGCAUGUACGGUGGGGAUAUCAAACAAAAGCUUAACAUAAACGCUUCUUUGUAUGAGAUGAGAUUCAACAUGAAAACAGGUGUAUCUUCUCAAAAAAGACUUUCACCAUCACAUGUAGAUUUUCCUAAGGUGAAUGAGAGCUACACUGGCAGGAAACAACGUUAUGUGUAUGGGAAUAGACUAGACCGUCUUGGAAAAGUCACCGCAAUUGUCAAGUUUGAUCUGAAUAAUGUUGAACCUGAUCAUCAGAGUACUGAUCACAGAACAUGUAGUCUUGAUGAGGUUGGUGGAAAUAUUGAAGGUAUCUAUGAUCUUGGACAUGGUACAUUUGGAUCUGAGGCUAUAUUUGUUCCCAAAGUUCAUGAACUCAUCAACUCUCAAGAAGAUGAAGAUGAUGGCUACUUAAUAUUCUUUGUUCAUGAUGAGAAUAAUGGAAAAUCAAAAGUGCAUGUUAUUGAUGCAAAAACAAUGUCAGCCAAUCCAAUUGCUGUAAUUGAUUUGCCUUGUAGAGUUCCAUAUGGAUUACAUGCAUUGUUUAUUACUGAGAAACAACUGCAAGAACAAGCAGAGAGCUAAUUGGAAAUAGUCCUCCAUAUAGCACUCUAAGAUUUUUUUUUUUUAGCUAUAAUUAAUUUUAAAAGAUUUCAAAAUCUUUGUAAUGUCAAUAUAUAAUAACUUAUUGUAUAAGAUCAUAAAUAGUUUUCUUGUAGCUUUAAGUUAUUACAAGCUCUCUUUAAAUAUUGUUGUGCUAUAAUAGAUAUUGUAUUGUGUUCAUAAUUUUU